AUGCGCCCGCGAUGUUCGUCCGCCCACGCAGUUGAAGAGCUCUGGCGGUUUGCUCACACCAAUAGAAUACACACCAGACCAUUUUUUGGGUCUUCUAGACGAUUGCGCGCCCCAUGGCGAUCCCAAUUUUCAUCGACAGCACAUAACGAAGCAAAGAAUGUGGCGAUCAUAGGCGGUGGGAUUACUGGCCUCUCUACGGCUUACCGACUGUCGAAAGAUCCCUUGAUCAAAGUCACACUCUUUGAGAGCUCGAAUCGAUUAGGCGGCUGGAUAAGAUCUGAGAAGAUUGACGUUGGUGACGGCAAAUACAUUGUUUUUGAUGAUGGGCCCCGUACUCUUCGCUCGACGCUUUCCGGGGCUCUGGCGACAUUGGAGCUGAUAAAAGACCUAGAUCUUCAAAAGGAAAUACUUCGAACCAGCAUCCACGAUGCCGCCUCGCGCAAUCGUUAUAUCUACUACCCGGACCAUCUUGUUCGGCUCCCCGGGCCCCAACCCGGAGCUGGCCUGCUGGUGAACAUAAUCUCAAAUUUCAUGAACCUUUUUACAGAACCAGCACUGAAAAAUAUACCCUUGGCACUGUUGUCUGAGUAUUUUGUGCCUAAACGUGACAUGAACGUGCGAGACGAGUCUAUCGGUGAUUUCCUUAGUCGGAGGUUUGGGAAAGACCUCACGGAUCACCUCGCAUCCGCAGUGAUACAUGGGAUAUAUGCUGGCGAUAUAUACAAACUCAGCGCACAGUCACUGCUGCCUAAAAUAUGGUGGUCUGAACUUUCAAAGCGUGGAAUUUGUCUUUCGAUGCAAGAUAACCAUUUACCAUACGAUAUAUUUCAUGGAGGGCGACUAAUUCGGAGGGAGAGAGGUAUAAAAUUCAUGUCGGAGCUUUCCACAUACAUUUCUGGGUCCAGCGUGUUUGCAUUGAAGGGUGGAAUGGGUCAGCUUGUAGAUGCUCUUUCAUCGGCACUUAAUUCUUCCCCAAACGUUGAAAUCAAAACUAAUGCAGAUGUAAAUGAGAUGCGUCGAGGAGACUCAGGAUGGCAGAUCUCAGUCGGCGAUACUGCUAGGCAAAACUACAGUCAUGUCGUUUCUACUAUUCCCUUUCCCAAGCUUCAAGGUCAAUUAGGCUCUGACUUUGAGGAAAUGGUUGAAUUUAAAGACAUUGACCUUCACUCUGAUGCAGCCACGGUGAUGACUGUUAACCUUUAUUUCAAAUCCUCGAACCUUGUUCCUGUUCAUGGCUUUGGCUACUUGAUUCCUCGCUCUAUACCAUUGGAGCAAAACCCCGAACGAGCUCUCGGCGUGGUGUUUAUGUCUGAUUCCAAUAUCGGCCAAGACACGGCCAGAGGAACCAAGCUUACUGUCAUGCUCGGAGGACACUGGUGGAGCCACUGGGAAGACAGCGAGCUACCCAGCGAAGAAAAAGGUAUCGAAAUGGCUAGAAAAUUACUAAAGCGUCACUUGCAGAUUACCGAAGAACCCGUCGUUGCGAGGGCAAAACUGAUGAAACAGGCCAUACCACAGUAUACCGUUGGGCACGCUACUCGCAUGGCGGAUUUGCAUGAGAUCCUAAUGCAGGAAGCCCCGGGCUUGAAAGUCGCUGGUUCGUGGUUUACAGGUGUUGCAGUGAAUGAUUGUAUACGUGCAGCGAGAUUAACCGCGAAUUCAAUACUUUCUGGGAACGAUGAAGAGACAGGUUUAGAGCGAUAUCUUGAUGAUAAUAUAGAGGGCUAUGGGGAACCCUCAUAG